CUUCUUUAUGGUUAUCUGGUUUUUCACAACUCUGGGGUUGAGGGUAUGUAAACUUCUCAUUUUUAUUGCAAAAUUCAGCGUAGUAUAUUGAAUAUAGACCUUGUGCAGCAUAUGAGGACUGUAUACCUUUUUUAUUCUGUUAAAUCUUUCCUGUUUAAUUGUCAACAUCAAUGCACCCCUUCUUCUCAGAUCGUCUUGUUUCAUAGGUGUCGGUGGUGUCCAGGUGCGGCAAUAGCGAGUAAGGCAGGAACUCCCGAGGCAUAGUUGGUAGUUUGAGGCAAUCUGAGCCGGACAAUGCUCCCAUGUCUAUUCCUAACCACCGCCGUGCGUAGUGGUGCACUCUCCCAGAUCACAGCGGAGUGGGUGAAAGCCUUUCGAAUUUACCGUUGGUCGAUCACAACUCUGAUGCAUUCAUAAGCCAUGGAAAGUAAACAAGGAAUAGUAAUUAUUUAAAAACCACAAACAUCGUGUUUCUCGGAACAACUCUCAAUGCAGAGCGCCAAGCGAAACAGAGACGCCUCCAAAACGAUACAUGCGGCAUCACAAAAACAUCAGACCAUUCUAACUAGCAACAGCACAGUGUGGCCUACAGCCGCUUGCUGUCAAGCUCAAUCAAGGCUAGAAAGCCUCCGGCUUGACUGUAAUUCAUGGCUUGGCCGCCUGGCAUUGUUUGACUCCUUCCUCCACACGUCCACUUCUUUACUCCAGAUUUUCCCUCUGACUUUCCCGUUCUCUCUCCAUUCCGUUCUCUGUGGGAUUUCUGUAUAGUCUUUUUUUUUCACUUCUUCGGCCGGUCCGCUUUAAUUAUCCUCGACUAAUUUAUAUUCGCCAUUUCUACACUUAGUGUACAUACAGUAAAGGAAACUCCUGCCAAAAUGUACAGCAAAAUCGCUUUCGCAUCACUCGUUGCUCUAGCAUCAUGUGCCCCACAGAGAGGAGGAAGGGGAAGACAGCAGACUGCCGCUCAACAGGUAGCCCAGAUCCCACAGGGAGUCUCCACAGCUACGGAUGGUUCCAUGAUCCUCGAUGACACUGUGAACAUCAACGGACUUCCCAUUCGCUUCAAGAUUGCUGCACCAGCAGACCAGUUUCUGCCUGCCUCUGGAGUUCCAGGCGCAGCAGCAACAAGCGGUAAUGGCACGAUGGGUGUCAACGUUCUCCUCCAUGGAGACGGUGGAGACUCUUUCGUCAAAUUCCCCAACCAAGCCGUUCAACAAAACACAAUGGGUGUUGUCCUCCUCGCUCCCAACGACAAUCUCUUCUGGGGCGGCGGUUCGGGCCUCCAACGAACUGACGGCGUCGCUCACGCCCAGGCAGUCAACGAUUUCGUCAAGGUCGCCAUGCCCCAGUUAGUAGCAAUGGACCCCAACGCUGUUGUUUUCUCAGGCGUGUCCGGUGGUUCGCUCCUUAUGAGUGGCUUCUUCAUCCCAGCACAGAUGCAGAACUACCCCAACAGUGCUGUGGAGUUGAAUUGCGGUGGCAUGGCACCGCAGGUGGACGUGGUGGAUCCAGCAACGGUCGCCAACACUCGAAUCCACUUCCAAUCUACACAAUCUGAGCUCCAGCUCCUUCAAGGAUCUAUCCCACAAUCUGUAGUGGCAUACGAACAGAUUGCUGCAUCGCAGGGCAUGUCUGCCGCCCAAAUCAACUCUUUGCAGACUGUGGACAACACGCCUGCAGGAGGUCACUGCGAGUUCGACGGUCAGGGCUUCUCCUCUGGCGUGCAGGUCAUGAUGGACAGCUUCUCCAAUGUUGUACAGGGAGGAAAUGGCCAGGUGGCUGGCAUUGGAGCCCCGAGCAACGGUGUGGUCACGACAGGUGUAGUUGGUAACGAGAACAUCAGAUUCGUUGGUGGACAGAAGCGCGCUGUCGAGACUGGGAUCAUCGGGAAGAGGUGGGUCGUUGAAGAGGAAGGCGAUAUUGCGGCGAUCAUGGCUUGCGACAGGAUCUCUUGCUGA